CCGGGAGCGGAAGCAGCGUGCGCCGUUGCGUGCAGCUUGAUCCGGUCUGAGCCGGACGCUGAUGCGGAUCUUCAUCUCCAGACUUUUGGAAGUUGGGGGUCUUUAAAGUUCCUUUAGUUGUCUCUGCUUAUUGAGGGAGCGUUCCUGAUGGCGCACAGGGUUGCCCUCAGGGUCCGGCAGCCUCAUUCCAUCUGGCUUACGCUGCUAUUUCUGCUCCUCACCGUCCUGCUGGUGGCAGUUAGGGCAGAGGGCCGAGACUACUAUGACUUGCUAGGAGUCAGCAGGGAGGCGACGACAAGAGAGAUACGACGUGCCUUUAAGCAGCUGGCGCUGACCAUGCACCCUGACAAAAACCCUGGUGACCCCUCAGCCCACGACAAGUUCCUGGAGGUCAAUCGGGCCUAUGAAGUUCUGAAGGAUGAAGACCUGAGAAAGAAAUAUGAUAAGUAUGGAGAAAAAGGGCUGGACGAGCAGCAGGGAGGACGCUACGAGAGCUGGAAUUACUACAGAUAUGACUUUGGUAUCUAUGAUGAUGAUUUGGAGAUCAUCACGCUGGACAGUGGAGACUUUGAAGCAGCAGUGAACUCCGGAGAAAUCUGGUUCAUCAACUUCUAUUUCCCACGAUGCUCCCACUGUCACCAGCUGGCUCCAACGUGGAGGGAGUUUGCCAAGGAGAUGGAUGGCGUGAUCAGGAUUGGAGCGGUGAACUGUGGGGACAACAACCAUCUCUGCAGGAGGAAAGGCAUCAACAGCUACCCCAGUCUGUAUAUAUACAGAUCAGGACAGAGACCAGAGAAGUUUAAUGGAGAGCGUAAUAGAGACAACCUGGUUCGCUUCUCCAUGCAGUUCAUCACUACAUCUGUCACUCAGCUGUGGCAAGGUAACGUGUUUAGCGAGAUAGAGAGUGCGUUCUCGUCAGGGCUCGGCUGGCUGAUCACCUUCUGCUCUGACAGUGGAGAUUGCUUGCAGCCAAGAACGAGACAGAAGCUGGCAGGAAUGUUGGACGGUCUCGUUAAGGUGGGAUGGAUGGACUGCACAACAGAGGAACAACUCUGUGCAAGUUUCCAGGUGACCAGUGGAGCAACUGCUUUAUUCCCACCCGGAAGUGCUUUGGAUAAACAAGGCAGCAUAUUGUGGCUGAAUACUCUGGACAGUAAAGAAAUUUAUAAUCAGGUCAUCAACCAUCUGCCUGAUCUGGAACUUCUCACCAGUGACAGUUUCCAGAGUAAAUUGGCCCAUCAUCGCUGGUUAAUCAGUUUUACAUUUGGAAGCAAAAACUCCGCCUCCAACGAGUACAAGAAGCUACCAGCUUUCCUCCGAAAUGACCACAUACAGGCUGGCAGAGUAGACUGUAUAGCAGACUCAGAGCUGUGUCAGUCUCUUUACAUUCACAAGCCCUGCGUGGCUGUCUUUAAAGGACUGGGAAUCCACGACUUUGAGAUCCACCAUGGUAAAGAUGUGUUGUACAAUAUUGUGGGUUUUGCGAGGGACAGCGUUCGAGCUUUCGUGACCACGCUGAGGCCGGACAACUUUCCUUCAGACAGAAAGGAGCCGUGGCUGGUUGACUUCUUCGCUCCGUGGUGCCCCCCAUGUCGAGCCUUACUGCCUGAACUGAGAAAAGCUUCAAUCCAGCUAGCUGGGCAGAUGAAGUUUGGCACCUUGGACUGUACCGUCCAUCACAACCUCUGCUCUAGAUAUAAUAUUCAGGCUUAUCCCACCACAGUGAUCUUUAAUGGUUCUUCUGUGCAUGAAUAUGAAGGACACCAUUCAGCUGAUGGCAUCCUGGAGUUCAUACAGGACCUGGUUAAUCCAUCUGUGCUGACCCUGGAUCCUUCUAGCUUCACAGAGAAAGUGAAAGGUCGAGCUGAAGGGCAGAUCUGGGCAGUAGAUUUCUACGCUCCCUGGUGUGGUCCCUGUCAGGCUCUGAUGCCUGAGUGGAGACGCAUGGCCCGGCUGCUGUCAGGUCAGAUCCUGGUCGGCUCAGUUGAUUGUCAGCGCUUUCAGUCGUUCUGUCAGAGCCAGAGUGUGAGAGCGUACCCAGAAAUCCGCCUGUACCCUGGAAGCACCCGGCAGCCAGAGCGCUAUACGAGUUAUAAUGGUUGGCACAGAGAUUCUCAUUCACUGAGAGCAUGGGCUCUGAGUUUUUUACCCAGAGCCUCGGUGGACCUUACUCCAGAGUCCUUCAGAUCACUGGUUCUGUCAGGUCGAGAUCACUGGGUGCUUGAUUUUUAUGCCCCCUGGUGCGGACCCUGUCAACACUUUGCCCCGGAGUUUGAGGUCCUGGCUCGGAUGCUGAAAGGCGAGGUCCGGGCGGGGAAAGUUGACUGUCAGGCUCAUUAUCAGACCUGUCAUUCAGCUGGAAUCACCGCCUACCCAACUGUCAGAUUUUACCCAUAUCGGGGAACAAAGAGGCAUGACCAGAGCGGGGAGCACAUCAACAGCCGAGAUGCUAACACGAUUGCUGACACCGUCAGACAGCGACUACAACAGCUGCUGCCACGGUUACACAACAAGCCAAAGGAUGAGCUCUAAUGGAUGGGGGCAGUAUUGUGAGGCAGGCAAUCUGAUUGGUCAGGUGGAGCCAGAAGUGAAUUUGAUUGGUCCAGCAUGGUGAUCAGUCACUCAACACUCCUUUUAUAAAAACCACAGCUGGAACACUGGGACAGACUGUUACCUGCUGUUCUGAAUGUAUUCAACACUUCUGCCUUGUUUUUGUUUGUUUUUUAAUUGUCUCCAUUGUUUGUAUUUACUCUAUGAAGUAAAACUUUGGGACACUGUGUAUUGAACAUGUUACUGAGGCAGACACACAAACACACACACACACACAGAUCCAAAUGUUGACAUAGUGCUGUAUUUUAUUGAUCAUGUGAA